CGACAUUAAAUCUGACAGACGAAGAAGAAGAAACCGGAAGUUGAUGUUCGCUUUCCGCGAAGUAACUUCGCUCGACUCGGCUCAACAGGACUUGGAGAUCAUGAGUGAUUUUCCAGACUAUGAGGACGAAUCCUUCCCUCCUCUCCCCCCUCCUGUGUCCCCUGGUGAGGGAGGACAGGAGGACAGAGAGCUUUUUACCAACGGAGAAGGAGGAGAAGAAGGAGAUGUUUCCAAACUGGCUGAAGUUCCUGCAGCUAAAAGAAAAGGAGUGAAAAGACCUCAACCCAAACUGGACUCUAACAGGCUGAUUUCAGAACGAGGACUUCCAGCUCUGAGGACUCUGUUUGACAACGUCUCCUUCAAAGGAAACGGACACGAGGUGGAGAACCUCCGUCUGCUGAUGCAGAAGAUGGAGAACUGGGCUCACCGCUUGUAUCCUAAAAUGCAGUUUGAAGAUUUUAUGGACAAAGUGGAAAAACUGGGCAGCAAAAAAGAAGUUCAGACUUGUCUGAAACGGAUCCGACUGGACAUGCCGCUGACACACGAGGACUUCACAGUGUGUUGUGGUGCAGGUGAGGAGGAGGCUCCACCUGAGCUGCAGGUCUUUGAGGAUCCGUUCAGCAGGGAGGAUUUCCUUAACGACCUCCAGGCUCCCAUCAGCUCCACUCCGGCUGCCGUAGGACCUCAAAGAUCUCCAGGACCUCCAGCAGCUCCGGCUCUGACCGAGGAGCAGCUCAGACGGAUGGAGCUGAACAGACGUUUGGCUCUGGAGAGGAAGCUGGCCCGACAUCAGCAGGAAACAGACUCUCAGACUGUCAGUACGUCUUCGUUGGAGGUCGAACCCUCGUUGGUUCCUUCUGGAAACGUCGAUGGUUCCACCGAUCAGGAUGAGAAGAUGGAAGAUCUACAGCCAACCAACAACAACACACAACAACAAACAGAAGAACCAGAAGAAGAGGAACCCAACCAGCCUCCAAUCACAGACUCUGAACCUCCUCAGACUGAAGAAGAAGAACCCAACCAGCCUCCAAUCACAGACUCUGAACCUCCUCAGACUGAAGAAGAACCAAAAGAAGAAGAAGAACCCAACCAGCCUCCAAACACAGACUCUGAACCUCCUCAGACUGAAGAAGAAGAACCCAACCAGCCUCCAAUCACAGACUCUGAACCUCCUCAGACUGAAGAACCCAAACCAGAGCUCCAGGAGGAUGAACAGUGACUCUGGUAGAAAACUUCACCACAUUUAGAACUCCUGUUGUUCCACGAUGUCCACCUGUUUCUAGAGUUUAUCUCCAAAAUAUGAACCCAGACACUGAUCCUGUUGUUAAAUGUGGUGUGGAAUCAAACAGGGCUGUUAUUAUUAGUCCUGUAUUUACAGUUUAGUUUCUCUAUUAACUCAUUAAAUGUUUGUUUUUAAUCUUCAAGAAA